CAAUAAACUAGCCACUGUACCGCCCACAGGAUGGGUAUGGGAUACAUAAUAAAGAUAUUAAACUAAAAAAACUUAGGCGGCACAACUAAAACAAUGUGUGUACUACGCUGGGUGGCGCAAGUCACUGGGCAACACGACGUUAUACAGUGCCAGCUGUGGUAGCCCUAUAAACCCAAACAAACCAAUAAAGACAAGACCAUGUCGAAGAAACGUUGUAAAGACCUCAUGAAGCUUGAUUUUUACGAAAUUCUGGAGAUAUCUAUUAAUGCGGAAGAGAAGGAGAUAAAGAAGUCAUAUAGAAAGAAGGCUCUUAAAUGCCAUCCGGAUAAGAAUCCAGAUAACCCUGAUGCUUCUGCAGAAUUUGACAAACUAAAGAAGAUUCUCGAGAUUUUGCUAGAUCCAGGAACACGUAAGGCUUAUGACAAGGUACUGAAGAGUCGUAAGGCAGCAGCUGUCAGAGCUCGUGAAGCUGAUGCCAAAACGCAGAAGUUCAGGUCAGAUUUGGAAGAGCGGGAACGACGUUUUCAACAAACUAGGGAACAUCUGCAUAUAUCAGAAGAGGAAAAACUUCGGCGUGAAUUAAAAAGACUGGAAGAUGAAGGUGAAAGGCUUAUUGCAGAGGAAUUGGCUCGAGUAAACAGGGAGGUUGAGGAGGAACUUUUACACAGUAAAUCAAAAGUGUCCAAGAGCAGUGAUCCAGUAAAUACAGACACUCAAGGCCAUAAGGUUAAAGUGAAGUGGGUGCCAACGGAGGACUGGCCAGGGUAUACAGAGCAAGAAAUCCACCAGUUAUUUUAUAAGUGGGGAGACAUCAAUGCUCUGGUGAUGAAGCAGAAAACAAAAAAGGGAACAGCAUUAAUAGAUUACAAGACUAAAACAGCAGCAGAUAUGGCAGUGCAAUAUGAAAAAGGUCAAGUUGGCAAACCUGUAGAAGUUUCACUCAUUCAGGAGGCACCAGAAAAACGCAGCCAUCCUAAACACAAGUCUGAUAAGCAAACAGAAUCUAAGCCAAAAUCAAAUUUAGAUUAUGAAUCUAUAGCAGCCAUGAAUCAGAGGCGGCAAGAGGAACGUAGAAGACUAAUUGAAGAAAUCAUGAAAGAAGAAGGAAUGAUGAAAUGAACUGAAGACUCACCAGUAAAAUUUUGCUUUGAAACAUAAAAUGAUGUAGUAAUAAAUAAAUAUUUGAGAAAUAUUUAUCAAAUUA